AUGAAACGAUUCAAGUUAUUUGAAGAAGGUGGUGCGCCUGAGCCGUACGUGCAUGCGACAUGGCUGGUCCAUCAAGAGGCAAUUUGUGCUGAAGAACUGUGCCUACCUGCCAAGGGUAAAAAGCGCGUUGGGCGAUCAACCAUCGACGUUGGAGGGCGCAUCCUUACCUUGGCUUUGCUGAGUGAAAUUGAUGCCACUGUGGAUGAACGAAAGGCGGCCACCAAACUAAAGCAGGCAAAGCGAGCAAAGAAGCGGAAGAAACGGCACCAAGGCAAGCAGCUUGAUUACGACGACCAUGAUGAUGGGGUUGACAUGGACGAAAGAGGCAGCGAGGACGGACAGCGGCUUGGAGGCGCCACGGAAGACGUAGAGCUUAGAGGCGCCAUGGAGGACAAGCAACGUGGAAGCAGCGCGGACGCAGGGUAG